UAAAAGCACCAGCUAAGAAAAAGCCGCUUUCAUUCAUUCGUUCGUAAAGCUUCCUCUACGAGCUUCCCUCGUCCUUCCUGAUUUCGAAUGCCCGCCAGAAGCUCGACGGUGGGACCCCGAACGCGAACUCUCCUCUCCUCCGCCGCGAUCAAAUGCCAAAGAAGCAGAGGGUGCCGGAGGUUCUCUGGCGCCUCUUCGGCGGCCGGGCGCGGCCCCUUCUCCAAAUGAUCGUGUCACUGCUUCCUCCUCCGCCACCGCUCGCUGCUGCCAUUUGCGAGAGAUGCGCCCGGUGCAAAUGGAGACGUUGCCUCGGCUGCAGCUGCGGAGUGGGGGAAGCAGAGGCCGCGUCGUUUCUCCUCAGACCAGACGACCCGCAGGACUAUCGGAAGCUCCUCAGUCAGUGCUUCGUCGUCGUUGACGACAAUGUACCUCCCUACUCUGGCGGCUACGAUGUCGUCAUCGUCCGUACUCAGCGCCAGAUCGUAGUGAAUGUGAUUAUGAAGCUGCGUAUGGAGAAUACGCCUUCGGCAAAUGUGAUAUGCAAUGGUUAUGAUAAGCUUGACCGGACAAGUGCUACUUUAGAACUUUUAGCAAGUUCAGCCUGGUGCCUUCUUUCAGAAAGGGCCGGUGGCCCCUUCAUGAGUUAUCUCCUUAGCAAUGCAUCAAUAUUUCUGCCAAUGUCUGGUGUGAAAUAUUGUCAGGUGGCUGGACCUCCUAUAACCAGAUUGAGGCAUAAACUGUACAAGCCUACAUCAGACUGUUUUUUUCAACAUCCUUCAGUCAUCCAAUCUGGAGUUCAAAAGAAGAGAAGAGUUGGAAAUCAAUCAAGAUUUUCUAGUGAUGGUUGCUCUAUUAGUAAAAGUGGCACCGAGCCAGAAGAGCAUGUUGAUAAGAAUGGGGAUAACCAGAUCAGUGUUGUCGCAACAACAAUUGGAAGAAAUAUUGAAGAAGCUACUAAUAAUGGAUUGCAAGGAAACUAUAAUCAGAUCAUAGCCAAGGAUAGAAAGCGUAGGAGACCAUUUAGCUGGCAGCGGCGCAGAAAGAAAAGAAGACUGGAAGUUGCAGAAGUUGCUACUGCCUCUUCCAGCGUAUUGUGUGAGGACACACUUAGUUUGCCUGCAAAGCAUCAUUGCAGCUCAAAAUUCACAUUAAAGAAGAUGCCAAUGUUUUGCUCAUGCUGUUUGCAAUUACAAGCUAUCGGAAAAUCCUAUCAAGGGGCUCAAAUUCAGAGAAAAAGUGUUUUCUAUAAUUUGGAGAGUUCUUCCUCUGGUUUCCCGAAAAGCCAUGAACUAAAUCUCUUGAAGCCAGAUUUUGCUGGUUCAGUGUCUCUUCUUUGCAAAAUUUUUGACUUGUAUAAUGUAGAUUCUCUUGCCCAAUCAAUCAAAUGCUUCCACAAGGCUGCUUUUUGUGGCAAUCACUCAUCAUGCCUGUAUCAUUCAACGGUCAACUUGCUCAAGACUCUUAUUCGUAGGAGUAGGUCCUGCCAAUACUCGAGGUUACUGGAAAAGCAUUGUGCUCCUCCAUUAUCAGAUAAAGAUACCUCUGCCAAAGUGGCCAACAUAUCAGAGGGUAAUGGGCUCAAGAAAAAGUUUCUGGAAUCCACAGACUUAGAGGAUAUCAACUCAUACUGCUCAAAAAGUCAAGUAGUGUCAUUCGUAUGGGCUGUUUGCAGGAGUAUAGUUCCUCCGGAACUGCUGGGAACUCCAUCUAAUUGGAGAAUUUUAAGGAGAAACAUAUACAAGUUUAUUGAACUCCGGAGAUUUGAGAAAUUUUCACUAAAGCAGUGUUUGCAUAAGUUAAAAGCUUCAACAUUUACAUUUUCAGCAGACCCGUCCUCCUCAUGGCAGUACAAUUGUCUGAUGCUUCAGAAUGAAGGGGCCCACAAUGUAGAAGAACAUAAAAGGUGCACUGAGCUGAGAGAAAUAAUGUCAAAUACAAGGCAUAAAAUGUUGGAAAGAUGGAUUUAUUGGUUCUUUUCAUGUCUCGUUGUGCCGCUUCUACGAGCCAACUUUUAUGUCACUGAAAGUGAACAUGGGAAACAAGAGGUAUACUAUUAUCGCAAAUCAACAUGGAAGAAGCUGACAAAUGGAGCUAUGGGUAGCUUAACAGGCCAGAUGUUUAGUAGUUUAGAGGAUGCAGCUGUUCGAAACAUUGUGGCUAAAAGAUCUUAUGGGUUCUCAAAGAUCAGAUUCCGACCAAAGAAAAAUGGGCUAAGGAUGUUGGUCAAUCUCAAAUCUCCGUCAUUUAUGCCAGUGCAGUGGUCCUCUGUCUGUGCUCAAUCUGGUGAAAGUGUGAAGACCAGGAGACUGCAUCGAACGUUACACAAGUUUAAGCGUUCCAAAUCUGUGAAUUAUUUUCUCCAUGAUACCUAUGCUGUUCUGAAAAGUCUAAAACAAAGGGAACCAGAGAGGUUGGGCUCCACAGUGUCUGAUUACAAUGAUGUUUAUAGAAAGCUUUGUCCUUUCCUCCUUGGUUUGAAGAAUGGAGGAUCUCUCAUUCCUCCAGUAUAUGUUGUUGUUUCUGAUGUGGUAAAAGCUUUCGAUUCUGUGGACCAGGAUAGGCUUCUAAGCAUAAUGAAAGACGUGAUUACAGGACGUGUGUAUACUCUGGCAGAAUCAUGUGAAAUGAAUUGCAGUAGGAAAUCCUUGUGGGUUCGCGACAAGUUCUUUUCCGCUGAUAUAGAUGCCAUAGCCAAGUCUUUUCAUGGGGUCAUCAUCAACCAGGUAGUCCUGGCCUACUUGCCGUUGCUUUAUCAUGCACAAAAUCUCGGCCUGCAGAUCGGAUCCAAGUCCGUAAAAAGGCAAGAGAUCUUGUUUAAUCUGAAUGAGCAUAUCAAACAUAAUAUCUUGCUGUUUCAUAAAAAGUUCUACUUGCAACGGAUUGGUAUCCCUCAAGGAAGCGUUCUGUCUCCUCUUCUUUGCUCAUUCUACUUCGGGUAUCUUGAGCAAAAUGUGAUCCUUCCAUUCCUGGAGAAAGCUCCUGAACCUGUGGUUGAUGAUUCAUCUACCACAAAGAGCUGCCCUGGAACUCUUAAUGCUCUUCACUUGGAGGAUGAAUCUGCAUGUUCUUCUCGCUUUCUGCUGCUUAGAUUUACUGAUGACUUCCUUUUCCUAUCAACAUCAAGAGAGCAGGCAGCCAGUCUUUUAUCAAGGCUAAGGAGAGGCUUUCGUGAAUUUAACUGCCAAAUGAACGAGAAGAAAUUCUCGGUAAAUUUUGAUGAUGGAUAUACGCCAAGGACCCAGUCAAACAGGGCUGAUAUUAGCGUGGAUGGUAUUCAAUUUGUUCAUUGGGGUGGACUGCUGUUAAAUUCUUGUACUCUUGAGAUUCAGGCAGAUUACUCAAGGUACUUGAAUAACCAUUUGCAGUCCACGCUCACAGUCUGUUGGCAGGGAAAACCUGCAUCUCGUAUCAGGGCAAGGUUGUGUGACUUCCUUAGGCCCAAGUGCCAUGCGAUAUUCUUUGAUUCAAAUAUAAAUUCAGCAGCUGUUGUCCGAUUAAACGUCUAUCAAGUGUUCGUGCUAUGUGCUAUGAAGUUUCACUGCUAUGUUCGCGACUUGUCCUACAUUUGCAAGUUUACUCCGAGAUUCUAUUUUAACAUAAUCAGAAGUUCCUUCAGAUAUAUGACAAAGUUGAUACACAGGAGAAUGCGCACUCGAUAUCUUCCCAAUAUCCGCCCAGUUCUUGAGUUGAAGAAAGGAGAAGUUGAGUGGCUCGGUUUGGUUGCUUAUGUAAGAGUGCUGAAAAGAAAGCAGUCGUUGCAUAAGCAGUUGCUCGCAUCACUCAGGUCUCGGCUGUUAAAACACAGGAUCUCGGGGAGUAUUUCACCUGAAUUGAGCUAUGCGGUCGAUAGUCGCCAUUCUUCUGUGAUCUGGAAGGUGCAAUAUUGAUAAUGCCACAGAUCAGAUGUUCUCUGGGAGAAGGUCGCGACCUUUUCGAUUAUUCUCUUAACUGGGAUUCCUUCCAUUUGAGGGUUGAAUUGUUAGUAACCAUGCAAUCGAUGGUAUGAUGGGUUUUGUAAAGCCGUUGGUAACCUGUUGGUGGAAUGAGACCACAAAUUUGAUGCUUUUGCUAGACUUCAUGUUUAUUUAACCCCUUUUGAUUUCGAGGUCGUUGGAUAUUAUCAUUAUAUGGUGCUUGAAAUUUACUGGAGAUGUAUAUGAUUCGAACUCGAGACUUCUCAAAGUUACAGAGAUUGUGCUGUGCUCAAACGGCAAAAGCUUCUCUA